UUUUUGUUGACGAUUGUCGUCUGUCAGGAGCUUCGCGGAAUCUUAGAAUUCAACAUUUGGAAUAUUCAAAUUUAAAUCGUGAAAAAUCUGAAUCAAUGGACAUGUGGACGUGUGCAUGCUGCCCGGCGGAACAACUGUCAGAACGGAUGGUUCACUAUAUGAAUCAUGACGGGUCACAGGCUGACCAUACCAUGGGACCUGACGGAGCAGCAGCCAGUAACGUCUUUACAGAGGAAAAUCAACAGGAGGAAAGUUAUUCGGAUUAUGGCAGUUCGACGCCGGUGAUGGACAUUUCGGGUUUCAUAACGGAAAUAUUAUUAGUUUUGAGGGAUAUACGAGACGAACAGCGAACGAACUUCCGGACGCUAUCGAAGCAGAUCGUUGACCUGAGAAGUGAGCUUUGCCACGUUCGAAAGAGUCAAACUGCGCCGCGACAGAAGAUAAAUCAACGCUGGGACCCCUCGCAAUACUUUCCAAUCAGCAGUGUUGAGCAGCUCAUGCGGAUUGACGAAAUUUGUGAGCGGAUGGAAAAUUUUCCGCAUAUAGUUGACUUCAAAAAAACGCUCGAAAUCUAUUGCCGGGAUGAAAAUGUCGCCCACUCUACUGGGUUCUACAAAAUAUUUGACGAGACAUUUGCAAUUCAACUUAUUGUAUCAGAACAGGAGACUCCUCCCGGAUAUAUUCCGUUGGACCGGUACGAAUCGUUUUACAAGUUACUAUAUGACACAUGGAAACUGUGCAACAGACAGGGGAAGCCUAUGGACCGAAGAUUGCGCCACUUCUUGAGUUUGAAUCGCAAACGAUUGGCCACGAAUGACGAUGAACGUAGCGACUUUGGACAGGACAACUCUGCCACAGAGAUCCAAAUUCGUAAUUCGUUCAACAAGAGGACCAGUUCCGAUAUGGGUUCGGUUGCGUCCGAGACAACUGCGAAGCGGAGAUACGACGGUAGAUUUGUGAUCAAGAAAAAGAAGCACAAUCUACGGAAGGCUUAGAUUUGAAUAAUUUUGCAAUAUGGAAACUGUGUGAAUCCGAUUUCCAUCUCCAAAUGUUACUCAUCGGUUCAGACGAUGCAUAGAACUUUGCUGAUUGUUUAUGUGAAGAAAGCUAUACUUUCGGGAUCGACGAUUCACGUAAUUGUAUAUAGAAUGACUAGAGUAGCCUGGAGACAGGAAAGGAUCCACGAUAUCAUAAUCGUUGCCUAUUUCAUCACUUACUCGUUGGCAACUACAAUUGGGCUCACUGGUGGCAGUUAAGCUGCCAUCAAAAUGAAGUCGAACGUAGUAAAUUAUGCCACCUACUCUAUAGAAAAAUUGUCAUUCGUUCAUUGGUAAAUUGGUAAAUAUUUGUGCAGAAGAAACAGAUAAAUUGAAGAACGAAUUAGUCAGUUAUUCCUAGGUUAUCCACUAAGUAUUGUAUAGUUUAGAUUUGAUCAUUUUUCUAGUUGAUAUUUGAUUUAUUUUGUGAAAAUACAAAAUUACAUUGACAUUUCAUAGAUAUGAUGAAGUAAAAAGAGACUGACGA